GAGGAAGUGCUGACUUUCGUACAACGUCCCUUGAGUUGUGGACAAUGGAGGAGUUGACCACUAACGUGGAAGCUGAAGAUGCAUCCGUGGAAGCUGAAGAGCCAGUACCAGAAGCCAUCAGGACGGCAGCAGAGUCUAUUGUGAAAGACGUUGUCAGAGAUUCAAUAUACACUAUUAGACACCUGCAAAAGACGGAGGCAGUUCCAGGAAUCAAUUAUCCCGUACCAAAUAUUAAAUGGAUGAGGUGCAAGGAUUUCACAGUAUUUGAAGGACUGGCACAGAUUGAGGAAUAUUUAAAAACAUGGGAGCUUCAUGAGAGCUGGUUACAUUGGACAAACUAUAUCAGUGAAGAGGAACUGGAGUAUUCCACGAGAUACUAUUACCGGGUCCGCUGGAGUAUCCCGACUUGUAGAAAGCCCAUCCCACGAGCAACAGCAUGUGUCUAUUUCGUCAUAGAGAUUUCCAAAAUCAGACCACCAACAUUACCUGUUGAAGUAUUCUUUGUGGUGGAGACGAAUAAGCUAAUUCACAGGCCAGGAGAGUCUCGAUUCAAAGAAAAAUGGCUCAAAGAUGUGAUUGAAAGCAAAAUAAUCAUGAUGGAGACCAUCACUUUUUAGUUCCUCUAGAAUUGUUACAAACUAAAAACUCUCCUUUAGGUUUUCUGCUAGUUUUUAUAAAUAAAAGUUAUGCAUAUCUGUA